AUGAUGCGAAUACUCGAAGCACAGGCUCCCGCCCGACAGACGGCGACCGAUACCAUUCAGACUCUAAGCAGCCGCCUGUCGAGCGCAACAUUGCUAGAAGAUCGACGUGCUGCCAUCCUGGGCUUGCGCAGCUUCGCCAAACUAUACCCUGCUUCGGUCGCGUCGGGAGCUCUCAGAGAUCUUAUUGCCGGACUCCGAAGAGAUGGAGAUGACUCAGACACCAUCAAGGUGGUCUUGGAGACACUGUUGAUGCUAUUUGAACCUGACGAGAAAUCCCCUGAAGCCUCGGAAGAAAUAAGUCUCUGGCUUGCGGAUGAGUUCACUCAGCGACAAGACAAUAUCACGGCCCUUUUGGACUUGCUUGAGUCCGGCGAAUUUUAUUUACGACUCUAUGCCCUCCAGAUUCUCUCGCACGCAUCGACGGCACGGCCACAGCGAACUCAAGAAGCCAUAUUCUCGGCGCCUUUGGGCGUGUCCCGAAUCACCAAUGUAUUGGAUGAUAGACGGGAAGCUGUUCGAAACGAGGCCCUAGUCCUGUUGAUCGCCUUGACCCCCACUUCUGCUGAGCUUCAGAAGGUGGUGGCGUUUGAAAAUGCAUUUGACCGGGUGUUUGCGUUGGUGGAGGGUGACGGUGGUCUUACGCACGGAUCCACCACCGUCCAAGAUUGCCUAUCGCUUCUGGCAAACCUCUUGAACCUCAACACCUCCAAUCAGUCUUAUUUCAGAGAAAUCGGGGGCAUCAUGAAGAUCAGGAAACUUCUGUCGUCCGUAGUGGAACAGGAAGAUUCCGGAGAUGGUGUUUCUGAAUGGAUGAAACCUCAGCGAGAUAUGAAUGUGUGGGGCUUAUUAGGCGUCAUCCAGUUGUUUCUCACUCCAGGGGCGCAAGGAACCGCCGUCAAUCAGCAGACUUUCUGGCAGGCUGGAGUGCUGCAAGUGGUUUUGCGAGUUGCAUUUCAUCCUGCCUUCAGCACAGGUGUCCGAACUAAAUCUCUACAAACUUGUGGAGAUAUCAUCCGGGGAAAUCAUGGCCUUCAAGAGCGAUUUGGAGAUCUUUCCGUUCAAGUCCAAGCUGCAGACGCCCCCAACACCAACGGACAUCCUUCACCGUCGUCCACCGAGAAACAGACCAAGGCGGAGAAAAUGACAUAUCAAGAUCACAACGUGAUUGAGUCUCUGCUGGAACUGGCUCUGGAGCCUGCUCCCCUCUCGCUCUUCGAUCUCCGACUGGCGGCAAGUUCUUGCGUUCAGGCGUUUCUCGAGGGCCAUCCCGGUAUCCGCGCCCACGUUCUUCGUCGGGCCGUCGAAGGACACCAAGCUGGUGAUGAUACCAUUCCAAACAUUCUGACGGUGUUGCUGGCACCACCUGCGUCUCGGAACAACUCCGAUCCCUACCAACAAUGGAUGGCCGCCGUGCUCUUGCUGCAUCUCCUUUAUGACAAUUCUGAAACCAAAGAGAUGGCCUUGAACGUCACAGAGGGUGAUGCAGAGAGUGGUGAAGAGGUCGUCACCUUCAUACAAAGCAUCACGAGCAAUGUCGUUGCAGGAGUACAGCAUGUCGAGGACGAACGGGCUUUGUUGGGUUACCUCAUGCUGCUCUCUGUGUGGCUGUUUGAAGACCCUGACGCCGUGAACGACUUGCUUGGAGAGGGCAGCAACGUUCAGGGCCUGAUGGCCGCCGUCAAGAUCGCCAAAAGCUCGAUGCCGCUUGUCGCGGGGUUGUGUGCAUUUGUAUUGGGAAUCAUCUACGAGUUUUCGACCAAGGAUUCUCCUAUUCCUCGGACCACACUCCAUGGGCUCUUGACCGGCAACCUUGGCAGGGAAACGUAUGUGGACCGAUUGAGAAAGCUUCGGGAAAACGUUUUCGUGCGGGAUUUUGAGGUUCUGCCGCAGACUGGCAACGGCGGUCUACCCGACGUGUUCUUCGACAAGACUUUUAUCAACUUCCUCAAGGACAACUAUAGCAGAUUCUUGCGAGCCGUGGAUCGAGAUCCCAAGUUUGAAGUUUCGAUUGUGAGUAACGGCGUUCAAAAGGGAAUUUCGCGAGACCUCGUGGACGGUCUUAGAGCCCAAGUUGAGGAACAAAAACAAGCCUUGGAAGCGGCCAACGCCGAGCUACUGCAGCUCAAGAGGAGGCUCGAGCAAGAAGAGCUUGAUCAUCGUCGGACACGCGAAUCGACCGCUGUGGAGCUGUCUCGGAUCAAGCAAAUAAACCAGAGUCUGCAGAAUAAUCACGAAGAAGACGUGGUCAAGCUGCAACAAAGUUUUGCUCGAGACAGGAAUUCCCUCCUGAAGAACCACGAAGACGAGCUCAAUCGCCGACGCAAUGAACAUGUUACAACUCUGGAAAAUCUCCGGAAGCAGCAUGAAGUGGAAUCGCAACGAUUUGCGCAACGCUUGAAGUUAAUGGAGCAAGAGGCAUCGCGAGAGAAAGCCUCUCUGGAAGAACAAUAUCGGCGAGAAAUGAAUGAGGCAGAAUCAAAGGCACAUCAGGCCCGUGAGAGAGAGGCUGCGGAAAUUGCUGAUCUGCAGAACAGCAUUGCAGAUCUACAAAACCGGUUGAAGAAGUCGGAAGAUAACCAUGUCCAGGAUCUGGAGACGGCACACGAAGAAUACAAUAUGAAGACCGAGAGCUUAGAAGCACGGCUCAAGCGGGCAGAGAGUCGUGUACAAGAUGCUGAAACCCACGCAAAACAUUUGAGUCAAGAACUCGAAAAGGAGAAAGCUGGACGGAAAGACGUUCAAACCGAACUCGACGACCUCUUGGUUGUGUUUGGCGACCUGGAGGCGAAGAGGUCCGCGGACAAGAAGAAGCUUAAGGAAUUGGGACAAGAAAUCUCCGAAGAUGAAGAUGAAGCCGAUGAAGGCGAAGAAGGUGACGAAGCAGACGAUGUCGACUAA